CCCAGUCCGGCGGGAGGGUGGCGGGACACGGCGGGCGCCUGCAGGUAGGAGUGGGGCCGGGCUGGGGGCCCCCCACGCCGUGGGGCCACUGACCAUCCCUGGACGUCCGUCCCAUCCCACCGCCAUGACCCCGGCCCCCUGCUGCGCCCCCGCCCCUUCCCUCCCACCUUCCUCCUGGCUCUUCCUCCCCCUCUGCUGCCCCGGCAUGUCCUCACCGCCUCUGCUGCCAACCCACAGCCUCCGCAACCCCGGCCCCACAGCCCCCGUGACCCAGGGAGCCCUGCCCCACUGCCACGGCACCCACUGGGACCCCUGCCCAUAGCUGGUGGCCCUGGGACCCCAUCCUGUAGCCCUGGGAUCCUGUCCCUUAGCCCUGGUGGUCCUGGGAAUGCUGUUCUACAACACAGGUACCCCUGGGACCCUGUCCCUUAACUCUGGUGGCCCUGGGACCCCAUCCUAUAGCCCUGGUGGCCCUGGUCCCCCUGUCCUAUAACUCUGGUGUCCCUGGAACCCCAUCUCAUAGCCCUGACAUCCCUCAGUCCCCCUGCCCCACAGUCCUGCUGGCCCUGGGACCCCAUCCCUUAAACUUGGUGACCUUGGGACCCCAUCCCUUAGUGCUGGUGGCCCUGGGACCCUGUCCCCUAAACCCAGUGGCCCUUGUCCCCCUGCUCCAUACCCUGGUGGUCCUGGUCCCCUUGUCCCAUAGCCCCAAGGCCCAGUCCCCCUGUUUGUCUCAGACCCCAGGACCACCCUGUGUCCCCCCACCAUCAUCACCACCCCAUCAGAGCCCCAUCACGGCCACCAGGACAGGGCUGGUGUUGGGGUGACCUGAGGCCACAGUGAUGGGCUGGCAGGUUGGUGGCAGGGCUGUGCCACUGUCCCAGAGCCCCAUGGGGUCCCCAUCUCUCACAUCCCCCAGCAGUCCCUCUGGUGUCCCCUGCAUGGCUUGGGGUGGCCCUGCACAGUGGGCAGCAUCAUCCCCCAUGACCCCGGGGGGUCACCCUGGGGUCUGGCCAGGCAGGGAGACCCCGGCCCGGCCCGCCCGGCACAGCCAGGGCAGGGGAGCGGGGAUGGAGCAGCAGGUCCGUACCGGUGGGACGGCCAGGGCAGGGACAGGGACGUGGCGGGGACAGUGAUGGGAUGGAGCUGGUGGUGGCAUCCGUGCGAUGGCAUCUGUCCUGCCCAGCCGUGGACUUGGACCCCGAGCUGGCUCAGAGAUAAUGCCAUGGACGGGGGGGCUCAGCAGAGCAGCCUCCGGGAGCCCCCCGGGCCGGGCAACGCGGAGCAGGAGGGGGUCCCCGGCGAGUGGGAUGGGGGCGAGGGGCUGCCCGAGGUCAAGCGCUCCCAGCCCCUCUUCAUCCACAGCAGCAGCCGGCAGCUGCCGGAGGAGGAGCCGCGCGCCUCGUCGCUGCCCAGCAUCCCCAACCCCUUCCCCGAGCUCUGCAGCCCCUCCAACUCGCCCAUCCUCAGCAGCCCGGCCCUGGGGCAGGGGUCCCCCCGCGAAGGUGCUUCCCACGUGGUGAAGGUGUUCGGUGAGGAUGGCGCGUGCCGCUCGCUGGAGGCGUCGGCGGGGACCACGGCGCGGCAGCUCUGCGAGACGCUGGUGCGGAGGACGCGGGCGCUGCAGGACCACAGCUGGGCCCUGGUCGAGCUGCACCAGCACCUGGCCCUGGAGCGGUGCCUGGAGGACCACGAGUCGGUGGUGGAGGUGCAGAGCUCCUGGCCGCCGGGCGCCGACAGCCGCUUCGUCUUCCGCAAGAACUUCACCAAGUACGAGCUCUUCAAGAGCAACGCGCAGCCCUUCUUCCCCGAGGUGAUGGUGUCCAGCUGCCUGGAGGCAAAUAAGAGCAUGGCACACUCCGAGCUCAUCCAGAACUUCCUCAACUCCGGGAGCUGCCCCGAGGUUCAGGGCUUCCUGCAGCUGCGGGAGUCCGGGCGCAAGGUCUGGAAGCGUUUCUACUUCUCCCUGCGCCGCUCGGGGCUCUACUACUCCACCAAGGGCACCUCCAAGGACCCCCGGCACCUCCAGUACUUCGCCGACCUCACCGAGUCCAACAUCUACUACGUGACGCAGGGCAAGAAGCACUAUGGGACGCCCACCGAGUUUGGCUUCUGCAUCAAGCCCUACAAGGUGCGGAGCGGCACGAAGGGCCUGAAGCUGCUCUGCAGUGAGGAUGAGCAGAGCCGGAGCUGCUGGAUGGCGGCUUUCCGCCUCUUCAAGUAUGGCAUGCAGCUCUACCGCAACUACCAGCAAGCACAGGUGCGGCUGAGCCAGCCCUCCUGGAUCGGCCCCACACCCCUGCGAAGCGUCUCAGACAAUGCGCUGGUGGCCAUGGACUUCUCGGGAUGCACGGGCCGGGUGAUCGAGAACCCCAGCGAGGUGCUGACGGUGGCCCUGGAGGAGGCGCAGGCCUGGAGGAAGAAGACGACGCACCGGUACAGCCUGCCGGCAGCCUGCCAGAGCUCCCCGCUCAGUGCCGGUGAGCAGUGCCCAGCCGCGGGGUCCCAUCCGGCGGAGCCGGCCAUCCACCGCACCCAGCCCUGGUUCCACGGGCGCAUCUCCCGGGAGGACACCCAGCAGCUCAUCGGCCGUCAGGGCUUGGUGGAUGGCGUCUUCCUGGUGCGGGAGAGCCAGCGCAACCCCAAGGGCUUCGUCCUGUCCCUGUGCCACCUGCAGAGAGUCAAACACUAUCUCAUCCUGCCGAGCGAGGAGGAGGGACGGCUCUACUUUACCAUGGACGACGGGCAGACCCGCUUCGCGGACCUCAUCCAGCUCGUGGAGUUUCACCAGAUCAACCGCGGCAUCCUGCCCUGCAAGCUGCGGCACUACUGCACCUGCGUGGCCCUCUGAGCCCGGCACCACCGGCACCGUGUAGCGUGGCCGGCGUGGCACGGCUCGGCACAGCCUGGCACUGCCAGCACGGCUCGGCACAGCCUGGCACUGCCAGCACGGCUCGGCACAGCCUGGCACCGCUGGCACGGCUCAGCACAGCCCGGCACCACCGGCACGGCACGGCUCGGCACAGCCUGGCACCGCUGGCACGGCUCGGCACAGCCUGGCACCGCUGGCACGGCUCGGCACAGCCUGGCACUGCCGCCACGGCUCAGCACAGCCUGGCACCGCUGGCACGGCUCGGCACAGCCUGGCACUGCCAGCACGGCUCAGCACAGCCUGGCACCGCUGGCACGGCUCGGCACAGCCUGGCACUGCCGGCACGGCUCGGCACAGCCUGGCACCACUGGCACGGCUCGGCACAGCCUGGCACUGCCGGCACGGCUCGGCACAGCCCGGCGUGGGGCGGCAGGACUUGGGCCAGCUCGGCGCAGCGAGCGCGGGGUUGAGGACGGCUCCUCCACCGCCAGCCGCCCACCCUGCGCCCGGGGUGCCGGCGCCGCCGGGCCCCCCCACUCAAGCACUUUCUUCCCCCCUGCAGCACCGGCUCUGAGUGUCCCUGUGGGGCCCUGGCGGUUUGGGGGUCCCCAGCCCCAGGAGUGGGGUCCUGGGGAGGGUGGGGGGGACACCCACCACCACGUCCCCCAUGUCCCCGUGAGGCCAGUCGAACUGUGAUGUGUUUUAUACCAAUGAGAAUAAAGGUUAUUUUUUCAGA